GCUGACCCGCAGGGCUGGAGGCUGGUGCUCGAGCGCCUUCUUGUCCUGCUGCAGCCCCGCCACAAAGAGAGGAGCGGCGGCCACUCUCGCGGCCCCCGGUGCAGCCCCGGGGCUGGAAGCUGAUCUGCAGCCCCGACCCAGCAUUUAUCCCUCUCCCCCCGCGCCCGCCCGCCCGGCCUCCCUUGCAUCGGCGAAUGCGGGCACCGGGGCUGCUCUUUGCUCCGGGAACGGAUUGAUCGCUUUGCUGCUUUGGGCUGCGAGGCAGAAGUGCGCGGCUCGCCUCCUUGGGCUGCUCCCGCCGCUCGUGCGCUCGGGGAAAUAAUGAAAAAAGCGUGCGAAGGAUCUUGAUCAGAGACUUGGGAAUUGAGAUAAAGGCACUAACUAGGCUCAUGUUUUCGCCUGAUCAAGAAAAUCAUCCAUCCAAAGCACCAGUGAAGUAUGGUGAACUGAUCGUCUUAGGGUACAAUGGCUCUCUUCCAAACGGAGACAGAGGAAGAAGAAAAAGCAGAUUCGCUUUAUUUAAAAGGCCCAAAGCCAAUGGGGUGAAACCAAGCACUGUGCAUAUUGCCUGUACGCCUCAGGCAGCAAAGGCAAUAAGCAACAAGGACCAGCAUAGUAUAUCCUACACCUUGUCUCGAGUUCAGACAGUGGUGGUUGAAUACACGCACGACAGCAACACGGAUAUGUUUCAGAUUGGCCGAUCAACAGAAAGCCCAAUAGAUUUCGUAGUGACGGAUACUGUUCCUGGCAGCCAAAGCAAUUCAGAGACUCAGUCUGUACAGAGCACCAUCUCAAGGUUCGCCUGCAGGAUUAUAUGUGAACGAAAUCCUCCUUUCACAGCAAGAAUAUAUGCUGCUGGAUUUGACUCCUCCAAAAAUAUUUUCCUCGGGGAGAAAGCUGCCAAGUGGAAGACCUCUGAUGGGCAAAUGGAUGGAUUAACCACAAAUGGAGUCCUCGUUAUGCAUCCACGGAAUGGCUUCACUGAAGACUCCAAGCCAGGGGUGUGGAGGGAGAUAUCCGUAUGUGGGAAUGUGUUCAGCCUCCGCGAAACGAGAUCUGCUCAGCAGAGAGGCAAAAUGGUUGAAAAUGAAACCAACCAACUCCAGGAUGGCUCACUGAUAGACCUCUGUGGGGCAACCCUGCUGUGGCGCACGGCGGAAGGUCUUUCCCGCACUCCAACAGUGAAGCACCUGGAAGCUCUAAGACAGGAAAUCAAUGCGGCGAGGCCUCAGUGCCCUGUGGGCUUUAACACGUUAGCCUUUCCAAGUAUGAAGAGGAAAGAUGUUGUAGAUGAAAAGCAACCUUGGGUUUACCUGAACUGUGGCCAUGUCCAUGGCUACCAUAACUGGGGGAACAAAGAAGAGAGAGAUGGGAAGGAUCGAGAAUGUCCAAUGUGCCGAUCGGUUGGCCCCUAUGUGCCUCUCUGGCUGGGAUGUGAAGCUGGAUUUUAUGUGGAUGCCGGACCUCCAACUCAUGCAUUCAGCCCCUGUGGACACGUCUGCUCAGAAAAGACAACUGCCUAUUGGUCCCAAAUCCCUCUUCCGCAUGGUACCCAUACUUUUCACGCAGCCUGCCCGUUCUGCGCACACCAGCUAUCUGGGGAACAAGGUUACAUCAGACUUAUUUUCCAAGGACCUCUUGACUAACGCACACGAGUUGCCCAAGGACUGCAUUUAAACUCAUAAACAUAAGCUAAAGGAUUCCAGUUUCAAAAGGACUGUCCUCUUAAAUCAACUCUAUUUCCUUCUCUGGGCUUUGGCAGUUUACUUUGAGAUGAAGAAUACUUUUUUUCCCUUUCUCUUUCUCUUUUGUAAUUUCAGUGAUUAAACUCCUGUGUAGAUUAAUGGAAGAUGUUUUUCUGUGUAGAAGAAAGCAACGGAGGCCAGGUGGUAGUCCUUGCCCGUCAUUCCCUCUUUCUUUUUUUUUUUGUGAUGGGAAAGAUUAAAAUUCUUUGCCUUCAAUGUAAUGUUUUGAAGUACAUGCCUUCGAUAUCAAAAAGUCUCCUUUUUUAUAUAGUGUAUAACUAAGGGUAAACGUGAUCAGUUCAAAAGGGUAUUAAUUUACAGCUUGGAUGCAGCCAUUGUGUAAAAUAGAGCAUUAUGUAUGUAUGGUGACUUUUUUUUUCCUAUUUAUCUUUAUUAUGAAAAAAAAAUUAUCCUAGAUGAAUUGGAUAGGCUAGCACGGUAGUGGAGUGUUGCAUCCGUUGACUGGAUGUGUAGAUUAGUUCUGGGCCAGGAAAGGGUAGGAGAAGGGGGGAAAUGGAAAUGGCUUUUUAAAAAGUCUAAAACAAGAUUGACUUGAUAGAAAAGCAGAAAGGUUUUCAACAAAAUUAAUGCAAGUGACGUUGAUGUGCUGUUUCUUUCUUCCUUUUUUACGAAAAGUGCUUAACCACAUGUUGGAUAAUUCCAAUAAAGCCUUGCUUCUUCUUCUUCUUCUUCUUCUUUUUUCUUCCUCUCUUUUCUCUGUCUGGUCAAACUGUAACAAAUGAACUGGUCACAUGGAAUUUACCUGGUAUUGGAAUAUGCAAUUUACCCUCAAUGAAUUUUUUUCUUCUCUCCGUGUUAACUGUUCUGUGGGGGGAGGGGGCUGUUGGGGGUUUUGGCAUUUGCAACACUGAAGGGUUUAUGUUUAUUUAAAUAAAACAAAAAUAACCAAGUUUA